AUGUUGAUCAUCACUCAAGGCGAGGCAUCGCGGGCGAGCGGCGGCGGGCCGUUCGUCUACCCGCAGUUGACGGCGACGAACUACACCAGUUGGGUGAUCAGGGUGCAAGCGAUUAUGGAAGAUCAAGAGGUCUGGGAGGCGGUGGAGCCGGCGACCGGUACGGCCAUUGACACGAAGAAGUGCAGGAAGGCGAGGGCGCAUCUUCUUCAAGUACUCCCAGAAGAUCUCUUGAUGCAGGUGGCGAACAAGAAGACGGCAAAGGAAGUGUGGGAGUGCCUCAAGACAAGAUUCGUCGGCGCAGAUCACGUCAAGGCGGCGCGAUUGCAGACGUUGAAGAGUGACUUCGACGCCCUGCGCAUGAAGGAGGACGAGUCCCUGGACCAGUACGCCGGCAAGCUCACCGGCAUGGCGGUCAGGUACGCAAACCUGGGCGGCACUCUCAACGAUGCUGCUCUGGUGAAGAAGCUGUUCGACACCGCGCCGGAUCGCUUCAUAAAUGUCAUCGCCGGCAUCGAGCAGUUCUUUGACUUGAACACCUUGGCGUUUGAGGAGGCGGUGGGCCGCCUCAAGGCGUUCGAGGAACGCACGCGUCGCGCACCCGGCGGCGCAACGGCAGAUGGCCAGCUCCUCCUCACUCGGGCUGAGUGGGAGGUGCAACAGAAGAAGGAGGCGGGCGAGUCCUUGGCGAGAGGCAAGAAGCCGACGAGCGGUGGCCGCGGCCGGGGUGGCCGUGGCCGCGGCAGAGGUCAUGGCCGCGGCGGGCGCGGAAACACGCAAGGCAAGGAGAGCGCUGGUGUCGCUUCGGGAGGUACCCGUGAUAAAAGCCACAUCGAGUGCUUUAACUGUGGCAAGUAUGGCCACUACGCCAACCAGUGCAAGCAGCUCAAGGAGGGAGAGGCACAUCACGCGCGCGCCGAGGAUGUCGAGCCGGCGCUCCUGCUCGCGGUGUCAGAGGAGCUGACGCCGCUCGAGCAAGGGCAAGGGGAGCACCAAGCCAUGGUCUUCCUCAACGAGGAGCAUGUGCGGCCGGACCUGCUCCUGGCUGAUGGUGAAGAGCUCAAUCGUGAUAUCUGGUACCUAGACAAUGGGGCCAGUAAUCACAUGACUGGAGACAAGAAGAAGUUUCGCGAGCUGGAUGAAGCAGUCACCGGGAAGGUGAGAUUCGGGGAUGGAUCCACAGUUCAGAUCAUGGGUAAGGGUUCAAUCCUAUUCGAUUGCAAGCAUGGGGAGCACUGGUUGUUGCAGGAGGUGUAUUACAUCCCCAGGCUGUGCAGCAAUCUCGUGAGCCUUGGCCAACUCACGGAGAUUGGGUACAAGGUGGUCAUGGACGGGGCUGAACUCGAGGUGUUCGACAAAAUGUCCCUGAAGCUGAUCAUGAAGGUCUAG